GUGUCAUGUACAGUACAGUUCUGGAGACAUUCCUAUCACAACCGGUAGGAUCAGAGGAGAGGAUGAGGACAAGGAAGCUGCUUUAUCCAGCGGAAAAAGUCUGGGUGGACAAGCACAAGUAUGACGAGGCAGAGAGGCUCCACUAUGAGAGGGAAGCAACCUUAGCAGCUUCUGCUGCCGGGGCCUGUCAAGAGGUGGUGGCGGUGAACGGCUUCUGCCAUGAGGAGGACCGUGGAGAAGAGGUGAAGGGAAACCUGUGGAGGUCAGGAAGCAGGAAGAAGCAAAAGAAAAGGAAGUGCUCCCCCAAACGCAAGCCUUUAGACCCCAAAGUGGACUUUGUCCUGGCCGGGUUACUGGCUGACCGUGUCUGGUUUGACAAACCUCUCUUUGACCGGGCGGAAACAGCUUACAGGAAGAAGCUUGCCGAAAUGUUGUUGCAGGAGGCUUCUGAGGGCCUCCCGGCCGCUGAGCAGUCUGCGCUGGUGCCCUGGUCAGAGGCAGAGGUCUUCCAAGGUGAUCCAAGGCCACAGAGAAACCUGGCUGCCUUGCACUGUGCCCAUGGCAGCCUGAUGGCCUGCCACCACAUCAUCCAGGAUGUUUGGGUCAACAAGUUCAACUUUGACGACGCUGAGAAGCUGUUUGUCGAAAAAUCCCAGUUCGUGGCUCUACCACAGACCCUGGACCUCUCAUCCACGCCAUUGCACAGCAGUAGUGGACUAACACCAGAUGAAGGCUAUGUGACUGCACUGCCUACUCCUUCAACACCAGCCCAGCCUGCGGAUAUCAUCGUGGAUACCGGUGCGCCCCCAAAUCUGCCUGACACUUUGAUCCAGCCGGUGAACGGCAAGCCUCAGGUGUCGAGUUUGCAGGCGCUGAUCUCGGAGGUGUGGCUGGAAAAGCCUAUCUACGAUGACGCAGAGAGAUGCUUUUACACAAACAUGUUUGACGGGCACCCUCCGGGAAAGGUGAGGUUGCAGGAGUGUGGGCGCCCAGAAUCUUCCAAGAGGAGCCGGAAGGACAAAAAGGGCCGUAGCGCAGGGAAGCAGGCAGCAGCAGGCAAGAGGGGCAACAACAACAUCUCUGCAACGGCACCUCCAGAUUCUGCACUCUCACCAGCCACCUGGUAUUUCAUUCACAAGGACAGCGAGUCUGCGUGGCUCAGCAAACCCACCUACGACAGUGCUGAGGCGCAGUACUACAUCUCCAAAGCCUCAAAGCUGGCAAGCAAGCAGGAGAGCGCCGGAAUGCCCGAAACGAUGUUAGCAAAGCCAUCGCAGCCAGCUGCUCUCGCUUCAAGCGCACCAGAGUCUCAUGCUAAAAACAUGGCCACCAGCUUCCUCAUGCAUGAAAAGAUCUGGUUUGACAAGUUCAAAUAUGAUGAUGCUGAGAAGAGAUACUAUGAACAGAAGAACGGUCCAGCUGCUAGCCCCUCCUGCCAGCAGAGUGUGAGCAGCACCUCCGCAGCAGGACCGGCUGGGGACCAAAGUGAGCUGGUCACCAGGAUCGCGACCCUGGAGGCAGAGAAUCAAAACCUUCGUUGUGUGGUUACAGACCUUCAGCUCGCCAUCUCCAGACUUGAGAACCGCCUGAGUCUUCUGGAAAAAUCAUCUACCUCUCAUCACCCUUCACCGCCACCACCAACACAGCAUGUCACUCCCAUGAAGAAGGUGGAGCCGCUGACCCAUUUAUCAAGGAAAGUUGAGCUGCCUUCUGCUUCGUCUACAAGGAAAGCAGAGACCUCCGCGGCAGCGGCUGCAGACGAGGACGAUGACGACAUCGACCUGUUUGGUAGUGAUGAGGAGGAGGAAGACCAGGAAGCUGCCAGAGUUCGGGAAGAGCGGCUCAAGCAGUAUGCAGAGAAGAAGUCCAAAAAACCUGGCCUGAUUGCCAAGUCUUCCAUCCUCUUGGAUGUCAAGCCAUGGGAUGAUGAGACGGACAUGGCCAAGAUGGAGGAAUGUGUCAGAUCUGUCCAGAUGGAUGGUCUGGUUUGGGGAGCCUCCAAACUGGUCCCAGUGGGUUAUGGCAUCAAUAAACUCCAGAUCCAGUGUGUGGUGGAAGAUGACAAAGUUGGGACAGAUAUACUGGAGGAGGAGAUCACCAAGUUUGAAGAUUACGUGCAGAGUGUUGACAUAGCUGCUUUCAACAAGAUCUAACGGCAAACCUUUACACUUUCUAAAGCUAAUAAAAGGUCAAGAGUUGGAGAGCA